GAGAUAUUGAUAGUACACCUAACUCAAGUUCAUUUAGAAGGCUCAACCGAUCUAGAUCUAAUAGUAUGAGUUCAUUUAAAUAUAGGAGGACUGAUGAAAAUAAUUAUGGAAUACUGAAGGGGAACGGUAUUGGCACAAUUCAGGAGCCUUUUAUCAAGUUAAAAAAUGUAUUUGAAUCCAAGGAAAUUCCCACCAACAUUGGCUUCAAUAUUGAAGUAAAAUAUCCAAUGAUUGAUGAGGCCGAAGACUUCAAACUUCCAGCAUAUUAUACAGAAUUAAAUACGUUUUGUGAUAAGAUUCUUGAAUGCGUAUACGAGUACGCACAACCUGGACGUAAAAUUAUUUUUUCAACAUUUCAUCCAGAGACUUCACUAAUGCUCGCAAAUAAACAAUCAUGCUACCCAGUAUUUUUCUUGACCGAUUGUGGAGUUACACGAAUGGCGGAUGCUAGAUGUAAUUCUGUACAAGCAGCAAUUAGAUUUGCUAAAAUUGCUGGUUUAUCAGGACUUGUUACUAAUUCUGAUCCUAUUAUCGAGGCUCCAGGAUUAGUUAAAGUUAUUAAAAAUGCUGGCUUACUACUUUUUACUUACGGUAAAUCAAAUAAUAAGACUGAGAACGUGCAAUUACAAGAAAGAGCUGGUGUAGAUGCU